CCUGCCCACACCGCCCAAUCCGAGACAGCCACUGGACCUUCACUCUGUUGGAGCUCUCGGUGCUGUUCACAACUUCGCAUCAGCCCUCUGCGUCUGCUCCCAGCUUUCUCAGUGUGCAGGAGACACUGUCCCAAAGCAGCCACCAUGGAGGCCAUCAAGAAGAAGAUGCAAAUGCUGAAGUUGGACAAGGAGAAUGCCAUAGACCGCGCUGAGCAAUCUGAAGUGGACAAAAAAGGAGCAGAGGACAAAUGCAAACUGCUAGAAGAGGAGCUCCAGGGUUUGCAAAAGAAACUGAAGGGUGUGGAGGAUGAGUUGGAUAAAUACUCAGAGUCACUGAAGGAUGCUCAAGAGAAGCUGGAGCAGGCUGAGAAGAAAGCCACAGACGCAGAGGCUGAGGUGGCCUCCUUGAACAGACGUAUCCAGCUGGUUGAGGAGGAGUUGGACAGGGCUCAGGAGAGACUGGCCACCGCACUGCAGAAACUCGAGGAGGCAGAAAAAGCUGCAGAUGAGAGCGAGAGAGGAAUGAAGGUGAUUGAGAACAGAGCAACAAAAGAUGAGGAGAAAAUGGAGCUUCAGGAGAUGCAGCUGAAGGAGGCCAAACAUAUUGCUGAGGAGGCUGAUCGCAAAUAUGAAGAGGUUGCCCGGAAACUGGUCAUACUUGAGGGUGACCUUGAGCGCUCUGAAGAGCGUGCUGAGGUGGCUGAGGCUCGAGUCAGACAGCUGGAGGAGGAGCUUAGACUCAUGGAUCAGAAUUUGAAGUCCAUGAUGUGCGGGGAGGAAGAGUACUCGACAAAAGAAGACAAAUAUGAAGAGGAAAUUAAAGUGCUCACUGAAAAGCUUAAAGAGGCUGAGACCCGUGCAGAGUUUGCAGAGAGGUCUGUGGCUAAGCUCGAGAAGACCAUUGAUGAUUUGGAAGAGAAACUAGCCCAGGCUAAAGAGGAGAACUUAGGCAUACACCAAGUGCUGGACCAGACUCUAAUGGAGCUGAACAAUUUAUAAAGCACAAAAUCUGCAUCACAACAAGAGUCUUACAUGGCAUAGAGCUUUCCGACGGAGCCCCAUGCAGCAAACCUGUUCACACACGUCUCUCACAGGGCUAAGGUCCAAGUAGCUUUAGUUAGAUAGCACCUGAUGCCCUGAAAUUUCACUCUGCCAUUUUAUACAUGUAGAUAGACUCUCUGUGGUAUAUCUCUCGAAGACACAGACCCAGUUGAGCAAGUUAUUCAGUAGUUAUAGAAUCAGUAGUAUGUCCAACGAAUGUAGUGGUAUGAAGUGACAACAUGUGGCUUUGGAGUAGUUCCGAUACAUAAGACCAAAGUUAGUUAUCUGUCUAAUUACUAGUAAGUCUUUGUUCUAACCAAGUAGCAGCUUGUUCAUUCAUUAACAGAGAAGCUUUAACUACUCCACUGCCUCCUCCCCUGUGCUUUAGUCAUUCCAGUGCUUUUACUUGACCAAAAUAUAUCCAAAGUAACAGAGGGACUCAUUGCUUUUUAUUAUGGAACAAUUGGUUUCUUAGUUUGUUGUUAAUGUAACAUUAAUAUGGACUGAUUCCAUGUGUGUAAACAAAGCACAGAAAUACAAAUAAAUAUUUACAGAUCAUCAUUUUAAUUAGUGCUUCUCUUCGUGAAUAAUCCACCUGCAGAUAUUUCUGACAGUUCAUGAGUCCAUGUCUCUUUUUCUGUUCUACUAGACAUCUAUAGAGGUCUAGCUUUAGUACUUCUGGUCAAGAAAUUAGUGUAUUUUGUAGUUACUAUGUGACAGGAGGAUGUGCAUGUUUACAGAUGUGACAUCAGUCUACUCAUAUAUACACCAAAAAUCACUGUGAUGGCCAAAGUAUCGAUGCUGAUUAAAUCAUAAUCAAUAUACUCUUCUUCUAAUUUCUGAAUGUGGAUCAGUUUGUAACGUCUAAAGUACGUCCUUUGUGGUGUUUCCCUUAAAAUUCUAACCAUGGUGUAUUAAAACUGGUGCACAUGCCACUGAUUUAUUAUUUUUUUUAUAAAGUUGUGGCCUUUUAGAAUCAUUGAUGCGAAUGUGAUUGUCUUGAUCAGUUAAAGUUAAAGAUCAUUUUUAAUGCAUCACCUAACUAUGCAAUUGUAAGCUCUUUGUUAAAGAUGAUUAAAAUGUUGAAUACAAA